UUAAUUUUUGCAAUUCUCUUAAUUUCUUGCAAAGUUUCCAGCAAUCCAAUUUCUACCAACACCAGCUGGGUGGAACUCCCGUUAUAUUUUAAGGAUGAUUUUUACUACGUCCUGGACUUGGCUUUGGGGUUCCCUCCACAACCACUUGAUGUACAAAUCGACACGGGCUCCUCUGAUUUGGUGGUCAGCUCCAGCGGCUACGACGGUAGCCAGUCUAGUUCCAGCGUGGACUCGGGACUUGAUUACCCUGUGUCGUAUGGCUCGAUCGAGAGCUUCACUAUGCGGAAAGUCUACGAUUAUGUCGAGGCAAAUGGGCUCAGAAUAGACGGGUUUACGUUUGGGGUGAGUUCGUUGGACUCGUUGAACGGAGCCCAAGGGAUCCUAGGUGUGGGCUACAACGUCAGAACGGCAAUGGGAGUCUACGCAAACUUUCCAGCCAAACUCAAGGACUCAGGCAUUAUUGGCGCUACCAUGUAUUCCUUCAACGGCGAUGUGCUGGCGCUGUCGGUGCUCUUUGGCGCCGUGGACCCCAGCAAGUACUCGGGACCAUUGAUGAGAAACACCAUCCUCCGCGACGUGGGACCAGGCACAGUGCGGUCAACAUACACCUCAUUGGCCAUUGCGGUGCAUGGCAUCAGUGUUGGAGGCACCGUGGUGUCUGAUCAGAAACUUGCCUACGAAAUCGACUCGGGUGCAAAUGUGCUUGCAACCACUGCGACAGUGGUACAAAACAUUCUCAUGGUGCUAGGGCCAUCAGACUACGCUACCGACGAUGACGACUACUACUUGGAGCACAAGAUGUCCACCACAGUGAGCGUUGACUUCUCGGGGUUCGUGGUGGAGUUUCCUUUGGCAGAUAUAGUUGGUGAAACCCUCGAGGUUGAUGGGUCCCGCUACUGCUCCCUCAACCUUGCCGAGGUGGAUAUUGGGAAAAACUCGUAUUUCGGAACCAUGCCAAAUGCCAUACUCAGACACUACUACACCGUGUACGAUUUGGACCGAAACGAAGUGUACUUGGCGCCAUUGGCCCGUCUGAACCGCCAGUCCUCCAUUGUUCCUGUAUCUGGCACCUACAAUGUUCUCACCAGUACUGGCACCAAGUUCAACGUUGGUUACACAAAAAUGUACGACGAACGGCUUGAAACGGUUGUGUCUCCGAGCAGC